AUGGGUCGCGUUCGCACCAAGACCGUCAAGAGGGCUUCUCGUGUCCUCAUCGAGAAAUACUACCCCAGACUCACUCUUGAUUUCCACACCAACAAGCGCAUUAUCGAUGAGGUGGCUGUUGUCCCCUCUAAGCGCUUGCGCAACAAGAUCUCCGGCUUCACCACCCACUUGAUGAAGCGUAUCCAACGUGGUCCCGUUCGUGGUAUUUCAUUCAAGCUCCAAGAAGAGGAGCGUGAGCGCAAGGACAACUACGUUCCCGAGGUCUCCGCUCUUGACGCGAGCAACGGUAUUGAGGUUGACCCUGAGACCAAGGAUCUCCUCCGUCACCUUAACUUCGACUCUAUCCCUGUCAACGUCUCCGCUCCCAUCACUGGAUACGUCCCACCUCCUCCCCGUGGUGGAGACCGCCGUGGACGUGCCGUCCCUGGCUCUGGCCGAUGA